ACACUAUGACACAUGAUGUGUGUCCACGUGUACCAAAUACAUUUGUGUAGAAGUAAAAUACCUCCCUAAAAGGUGCAUUUUAUUUAUUCUUAACAAUUAAAUAUUUUCAGUUAUCGCUGCGAUCACUGCGAAUUUUUCGAUAAAUUCUCUACGUUAUCGAAGUCGGUAAUCCAUACUCAUUUAAAUAGUAUACAGUGUUGAAAAGACAAUAUGGCCGCGGACAAGAUUAAUCAGUUUUUUGGUGUGAAAGACAACUUUUUCAUCGGUAAUUAUCAAGAAUGCAUCAAGGAGGCACAAAAGAUAAAGCCGUCUACGCCAGAAAUGGCGAUAGAACGAGACGGGUAUCUCUAUCGUGCAUAUAUAGCACAGAGGAAAUUCCGCGUUGUAUUAGAUGAAAUCAACAGUUCAUCACCAGCUGUACUUCAACCCCUAAAAACAUUAGCGGAUUACUUUGCCAACCCCGAUCGUAGAGAAGCUAUACUCGCACAACUGCAAGAGUCAAUUAGUCACAUUGAUUACUCUAAUUACAACUUCUUGAUCGUUGCUGCCACUAUCUAUUAUCAUGAGAAUAACCUUGAUGCAUCCCUUUCGGUACUUAGGGAUACAGAACAUCUAGAAUGCAUGUCGUUAAAGUUAGCAAUUUAUUUGAAAAUGAACAGAGUAGACCUUGCGAAAGAAGUAUUGAAAUCUAUGCAAACGAUAGAUGAAGAUUCCACUGUGACCCAAUUGGCUCAAGCAUGGUUAAACAUUACCACUGGUGCGGACAAGUUACACGAAGCCUAUUAUAUACUACAAGAAAUGACAGAUAAAUAUUCUCGCACGAAUAUGAUGUUGAAUGGACAAGCUACCUGUUUCAUUGGACAAGGCAAAUACGAAGAAGCAGAAACAGUUUUACAAGAUUCUCUCGAGAAGGAUAGUAACAAUCCAGUUACUCUGAUCAAUAUGGUUGUCCUCUCUCACCAUUUAGGAAAGCAACCAGAAGUUGCCAACCGUUACCUGAGUCAGUUAAAGGAGUCUCAUGCAGACCAUCCAUUUGUUAAAGAAUAUGCCCAAAAGACUUCAGAAUUCCAAAGGCUAGUGAAGCAAUAUUCCGUGUCUACAUAAAAACACGAAACCAGACUACUUUAUGCAAUUUCUUUGUAGAUAGAAGUAUUCAUAUAUUUUCAUUCAACUGAUUGAAUAAAAAAGAGAAACAUUGUCAAAAGACAUA